AUGCUAAGGACCAUGGUGCUGGGGAGGAGCCAUCUGAAGUCCUCAGGUUUUUCCUUCUUGGUCAAGCAGAAGUGGGGGCCUCCUUCAGGUCAUGCCAUGAAGCCAGAGCGGUGGUGUUCUCAGCAUUCCUGCGCACCUGGAGACGGGAAUCAUGCUUUGCAUCCCCUCUGGACGGGCCCAGUCUCUGUGCCAGGGGGCACCCGGCAGUCUCCCAUCAACAUCCAGGGGAGGGACAGCAUUUAUGACCCCAGGCUGAGGCCGCUCAGGGUCUCCUAUGCUGCGGCGUCCUGCCUGCACGUCUGGAACACCGGCUACCUCUUCCAGGUGGAAUUUGACGAUGCUGCCGAGGGGUCAGGAAUUAGUGGUGGGCCCUUGGAAAACCACUACAGACUAAGGCAGUUCCACUUCCACUGGGGAUCAGCAAACGAGUGGGGCUCAGAGCACACGGUGGAUGGCCGCGUGUACCCGGCAGAGCUGCACCUGGUUCACUGGAAUUCUGUGAAAUAUCCAAACUACAAGGAAGCUGUCGUGGGAGAGAACGGCUUGGCUGUGAUUGGUGUGUUCUUAAAGGUGGGGGCCCGUCAUCCCACGCUACAGAAGCUGGUGGACAUCUUGCCGGCCGUGAAGCAUAAGGGUGCACGGGUGGCCAUGGGCCCCUUCGACCCCUCCUGUCUGCUGCCCACCUGCCGGGAUUACUGGACCUACGCCGGCUCCCUCACCACCCCUCCGCUGAGUGAGUCGGUCACCUGGGUCAUCCAGAAGCAGCCCAUCGAAGUGGCUCAGGACCAGCUGUCAGCGUUCCGCAGCCUCCUGUUCUCAGCACCUGGUGAGGAAAGAUGGACGAUGGUGAACAACUACCGUCCCCUGCAACCCCUGAUGAACCGGGAGGUCCGUUCGUCCUUCCAGGCCACUGAGGGGGCACAAGACCCCAGCAUCAACUAUCCAUAG